AUGUCAUUCCGUCAAUGUCUUUAUUUCGAUGCAUACCAUUGUACCAACAAUCCUAAUCUACCGAUGGUGUGUCAAACUGCGCCACUAUGUGGUAGUAUUGUCUCCACACCUACUAUUGACUAUAAUGAGAAGAUGGUCUUUUCUUAUAUUGCUGUAUAUGAUAUAGACUACUACUUUAACACUACCAAUCAAGCUUCGUUGUUGUUGCAAAAUAAUAGUGUCAUUAUCACUUACUUUGGUGGUUGGACGGAUUUGGAUGCUCUUGCCUUGUUGAUAUGUGUAGCUCAUUUGAAUAAUGCUCAAGUACAUCACUGGACAAGUAUAGAUUGCGGUGGUGUAUACAAUGGCAAUUAUCCAUGUGUAGAGUAUAUGGCUAAUAAUGGAUAUAUUGAUGAUAUAGCAUUGGUUACUCAAAUGGGUGCAGAUGGCUAUAACAUUGAUAUGGAAGGUAGCACUGAAUAUGUCAACCCUAGUACAUUCAAGAAUAAUUGGAUGAAAAGUAUUUACAACUAUGCUAAAAGUGUUCAGGACACCUAUAUAGUAUCAAUUGCUGUUCCAUGUGACUAUGACCAAUCCCAAUGGAAUACAGAUUAUACAGAUUAUUACUUUGUAAUGUGUUAUGAUAUGGGUGGUAAUGAUGGAGUACUUCAAUCAAAUGCACCUUAUUCUUCUGUUCGUCGAGGUAUUAGUAAUUGGAAGAAAAAUGUUAAUCAUCCAGGAAUGGUUAUAGUAGGUCUCCCACUCUACGCCUAUUUUCAAACUUGUAACCCUAUGAGCGACGGUAUAUACGGUGCUACCUGUUCCUACACACCCACCCCUAAUUGGCCACCAUCUGUUGGAAACAACCAACUCUACCAAAUUGUCAACUCUGCCUUUAUGGCAAGUGAUGGCAUCACAUCAACCUCUCAAACACCCUAUGUCAACGUAAUCCCCACCAGCAGUGCCAUGACAAUCAUUCAAUACCAAUACGAGUCACCAUCAUCAAUCUACCAAAAAAUCAAAGGUUUAGGAAUUGGAGGUGUCGGUAUCUAUAGAGCCGACCUUUUAAUUGGUCUUCCUAAUUAUAUGAUUCGUGCAUACUAUACAUCUGCUACAAGCAUGUAUUAA